GCCUCCCCAUUUCGGGCACCCCGGCAACUCCCACCACCAGCUCAAGGAUUCCUGGAAUUCUGCUUGCUCCCCAUUUCAACACCCCAAUCUCCCCAAGGGAGGCACAGUGUCAUCUUCCUCUCUGGGCACAUUAGAAGUGGGAAGUCUUCAAGUAUGGAUAGCCCUGGGAUCUGUGUGUCCCUCUCCGCAUUCCCCGCAAGGGUCGCCACUGACAUGGCCCGGGCCGCAUUUCUAGGAAUGCGGGUGUCCGCGGACUAUAUCUGGAGAGGGUUUCUAGGAAGGUAGCCCCCAGCCACCCCUACCCACCUAGCCUCUGGGGCGGACUAGCUCAGCUGGAAAGCUCUAGCCCUCUCCCGGGCCGGGCUGGAGAGUAGCCGCCUCCCUAGUACGGCCAACCCCCUGCCGGCCCUGCCCCCGCCCCGGGGCGGCUACGGAGGGGAAGGGGGAGCACCCGGGCGGGGGCGCGGCUUUGUGGCAAGCGCGGAGGCCGGGUGCAGCCCCGUGGGCUCGGUGCGCUGCUCUGGGUUGCAGGAAAGCCAGUCUCUCCAAGCAUGGAUGGGGAGGGGGCUGGGUUUUGCUUUUUGUUUCUGGAAGUCCCCCUUCACCCUCCUUAGUCCCUGCGUGCAGCCGAGAGGAUCGUCCGGAAAGGCUACAGGGCCCCAGGGCGCACCCCACCCCGCGCACUCCGGCCGGGGCGCCAGAAGGCGCCGCCUGGGGGGGGCUCCCUGCACCCAGGAGGAGGCGCGCUGGGGCUUGGAGUUGAACCAUGAGGUGGAAAACCAGCCACCCCGCCCCCACCCCGGAAAACCUAUUCAAGAAACUGACUUGCUGCGUGACCCCGAUAUCAAUGCCGCGCAGAGCAAGGCUGCUGGCUCCCCGCCGCUCCCGACACUCCACGUGCAUCCGGGGACACGGCGGGCAGGGCGCGCUGGGGGUCCCCGAGAGUCUGGAACAGCUUACCACCUUCCCCUAGAUAAAGUUAAGGGGCCCUCCCUCUAGGAGCAGCUGACCUUAGCGCUCUGGCUGUAGCCUAGCUCGACUGGAGUAAAAUAAAUAGAUCAAAACUAGGUUUCGGGGUGAGGAUCCGGAUGUUUGGGACUGAAACGACACCAACUUGGGAGGUGGUUAGGGAAAAAAAGACUUAGCCAUUCAGGUGGGGGGGAGUGGCGGCUCUGGUUUCUCGCGCUUCCAAUUCCACCAAGGGGAGCAGAGGAAUGUGCCGCUCACCUCUUCUGAGAACACAUCCAUAUUUAUAAUUUAUUUUUAGGAGAAGUUGUGAGAAAGGGAGGGGGUUAAAUGGGGA